AAGGGUGAUAUCACCAGGGACCGACACAGCAAGACCCAAAUUUUGCACAAAGGCAGCUAUCCUGUCACUGGGCUGGCCUUCCGCCAGGCAGGCAAGACUACCCACUUGUUUGUGGUGACAACAGAGAAUGUGCAGAUCAGAGUUCACCAGCAGGGACUCCCAGAGCUCCGACAAGCAGAUCCUCAACAUUUAUGAUCUAUGCAACAAGUUCAUUGCCUAUAGCUCCAUCUUUGAGGAUGUGGUAGAUGUGCUUGCUGAGUGGGGCUCUCUGUACGUGCUGACUCGAGAUGGGCGAGUUCAUGUGCUUCAGGAAAAGGACACCCAGACUAAAUUGGAGAUGUUGUUUAAAAAGAAUCUGUUUGAGAUGGCAAUCAACUUGGCCAAAAGCCAGCACCUGGAUAGUGAUGGGUUGGCACAGAUCUUCAUGCAGUAUGGGGACCACCUCUACAGCAAGGGAAACCAUGAUGGUGCUGUCCAGCAGUAUAUCCGCACCAUAGGGAAAUUGGAGCCAUCCUACGUGAUCCGAAAAUUCUUGGACGCCCAGCGCAUCCACAACCUGACUGCCUAUCUCCAAACCCUCCAUCGGCAGUCAUUGGCCAAUGCUGACCACACCACUCUGUUGCUCAAUUGCUACACAAAGCUCAAGGACAGCUCCAAGCUAGAGGAAUUCAUCAAGACAAAGAGUGAAAGUGAAGUUCACUUUGAUGUAGAAACAGCUAUCAAGGUCCUUCGGCAGGCUGGCUACUAUUCCCAUGCCUUGUACUUGGCUGAGAAUCAUGCUCACCAUGAGUGGUACCUGAAGGUUCAACUAGAGGACAUCAAGAACUACCAGGAGGCAUUACAGUAUAUUGGGAAGCUGCCUUUUGAACAAGCAGAAAGCAACAUGAAGCGGUAUGGCAAGAUCCUCAUGCAUCAUGUGCCAGAACAGACUACCCAGUUGCUGAAAGUCCUGUGUACUGACUAUCGGCCCUGUGCAGAGGCUGCUGCUGAGAGUGAUGGGCCUGGCUGCAGGGCCAAUUCUGAAGAAUUCAUUCCCAUUUUUGCCAACAACCCAAGAGAACUGAAGGCCUUCCUAGAACAUAUGACUGAGGUGCAGGCAGAUUCACCCCAGGGUGUCUAUGAUACUUUGCUCGAGCUGAGACUACAAAACUGGGCUCAUGAGAAGGACCCACAGGUCAAAGAGAAGCUCCAUGCUGAGGCACUCUCUCUCUUGAAGAGCGGCCACUUUGCCAAUGUCUUCGAUAAGGCCUUGGUUCUUUGCCAGAUGCAUGAUUUUCAAGAUGGUGUCUUAUACCUCUAUGAGCAAGGAAAGCUGUUCCAGCAGAUCAUGCAUUACCAUAUGCAGCAUGAACAGUAUCGACAGGUGAUUGCUGUUUGUGAACGGCAUGGUGAACAGGAGCCUUCUCUAUGGGAGCAAGCGCUCAGUUACUUUGCCCGCAAGGAGGAAGACUGCAAGGAAUAUGUUGCUGCCGUGCUUAAACAUAUUGAAAGCAAGAACCUCAUGCCUCCCCUUUUAGUGGUGCAGACCUUGGCUCACAACUCAACAGCCACAUUGUCUGUUAUCAAGGACUAUCUGGUACAGAAGCUGCAAAAGCAGAGCCAGCAGAUUGAGAAAGAUGAGCUUCGGGUACGAAGGUAUCGGGAAGAAACCACCCGUAUACGUCAAGAGAUCCAGGAGCUAAAGACCAGCCCAAAGAUCUUCCAGAAGACAAAGUGCAGUAUCUGCACCAGUGCUCUGGAGCUGCCCUCUGUCCACUUUUUGUGUGGCCAUUCAUUCCAUCAACACUGUUUUGAGAGCUACUCAGAAAGUGAUGCUGACUGUCCCACCUGCCUCCCUGAAAAUCGCAAGGUUAUGGACAUGAUCCGGACCCAGGAGCAAAAGCGGGAUUUGCAUGAUCAAUUUCAGCACCAGCUUAAAUACUCCAAUGAUAGCUUCUCUGUUAUCGCUGACUACUUUGGACGUGGUGUCUUCAACAAGUUGACCCUGCUGACCGAUCCCCCUGUGGGCAGAGUGGGCACCAGCCUGGAAGCUGGACUGCAACGAGACCUGCUCCUGCACUCCAAGCGGGGUACCUAAGGACACUCUGGACAUAAGAAUGAUAUUGGGAAGACAAAUCAUGCAUGGAAAUAAGAGGAUGCAAAUAACAAGUGGCUUCAGGGACUAAUUUUAUGAACAGAAAUGCUUCUCUGAUGGGAGGUCCCAAUGAAUAGUUUGAAAAACAACUGUCCCUCUCACCAUUCUGCAUCUCUGAUUUCCUAACACUUAGGUGUGAAGAUUUGCUUUCACACUCUUCUUUGCCCUUACUCAGCCUGCUUCUUCCCAAUGGUGACUGCUGCUGUCAGAGAAGGAUGUUCUUAAGGUACUCCCAUCAGGGUGAGGGAAACCACCCCAGCAAGCUCUCUUGCAUAUAUGGACCAGAACUGCUUUUUUUCUUUGCCCAGAGCACCAGUUUCUGCUUGAGUGCAAGCAUCCAGUUUAUAAAUAAAAAGGCAGGAUACCUUUGGAGAGAAGAUGUUUUAUUUGGGGCUUUUCUGAUGUGCCUUGCUCAGUGCACUUCUUGUUCCUCCUCUUGCAGCCACAUCUUUCUCCAGAUACUCUUGAAGGGUGUGGUGCUACUCUCCCUCAUUCCUUUGCUUAAUAGGACUCUUGGCUUCUUAAACACGGUGAAAUGACACAUCUGUAGCUUGAGGUUCAGGAGUUUCCAGAAGCUAGCACCCAAGACAAUUUUCCUCUAUCCCUCGGCAAAUAUUUUGGGCAUCAUUCCCAUGGAAAUCCUCAGAAGCAGAGGCAGUGGCAAGGGGACUAGGAGAUGUGUUGGCCAUGCACUGAAAGGGGAAAGGGAGGAAGAGCAUAGAAAGUAAAAAGUUCUUAAAAAUCUGUAUUAAUCCUUUGAAAGGGUUGGUUUAAAUUUGUGCUCCCACAUGAAAAUCAAACUAUUGUUAUUCCAUUUUAUUCCAUUUUAUUAGUAUUAACAAAGCUGCAAAUGAGUUGCAUUUAGGUUAUCAGUAUGUCCUGAUUUUGGGGUGCAUCAUAAUAUGGGAGAGAGAAUAACUAGUUUGAAAGUCAUUAAA